AUGAAAAAGACCCAUAAGAGAUAAUCCACGAUAUAUCGAUAAUCGAUAGCAAUGUCUGAGUUUUCGCAAAAGCUAUUAGAGAAAAACGAUGUGUUGGCUUAAGAAAUAUAAAAAAUAGUGAAGAAACUAUCACCUCAAAGUAGAAUAGAGAAAGCUGAAAGACACAUUUAUGAUGCAUAUCACUUGCGAGCUAUACGCAACGACAUUGAUUUAGCCAAUAAGACAUACUUGAAACUUUUGUGGUAUUUAGAGAACAAUUAACACUGGUUAAAUGGGUUGUUUCUGUUGUCAAUCAUAUAUCAACUACAAACAUUUUUUGAACCUUCAUUUUUUGAUUAAGAUAGUGAGGAGCAUUCAAAUUUAUUCGUUUUAGAACUUGUAAUCCUGCUUUUUAUGGGCAUAGAUUCAUGUAUUACAAUUGUAUUACUAUUAACAAAGAAGGAAGACAGAUUUACUUUCAAUCCAAAAAAAUAGUUUAAAUUGAUUGCAUAUUACUUUUGUUUAGUUGAUUUCAUAAUACAUUAAUAUGCACCAACUAUAUUUAGAGUCAGCAAAAUAUGCAGAACAUUGUUAAUGCCUAUGUAUUCUAAAGAUUUAAGACGAAAUUUAAAAGGAAUCUUUAAAGCAGGCAAAGAUUUAUUUUUGCUGAUAAUUCUGUAUCUAAUUAUAAUUUCAAUAUUUUCAUUUAUUGGAAUUAAUUUAAUUGGAAGCUUGGAUAAUGUAGAUCUGAGAACAUAAGAUUAUGGAGACUUCUUUAAACUGUUUUCCAUGUUAUUCAUGGUAGCAACCCUAGACUUCUAUCCAGAUAUCCUAAUCCCACCUAUGCUUUAAGGAAUUUACUAUUGUUUAUUCUUUAUAACAUAUCUCUUACUUUUUAUUUUUCUAUUUGCACCAAUUCCAUUGGCAGUUGUAUAUGAAGGAUUCAGAAAGCAUAGGAUGGAAAUAGCCAUUAGCGACAUCAUAAAACAAAAGACUGCAAUGAUGGCUAGUUUCAUAUCUUUAGACUUUCAAGAUUAAGGCUUUUUGACAAGAGAUCAAUUUAGAACUUUCAUCCUUCAUUUCUACAAGAACACAAUUACGGAAUCACAAAUUAAUUAGCUAUUCAAUUAAAUUGAUUAGGAUUUUAAGUAAUGUAAUUUUUACAAUAUAGUGAUAAGGUUCAAUUUGAUGAAUUUCAUAAGUUUCUCCAUAUACUCUAAGAUGCUUCAGUGAUCUCUUUGCCAGAAACCAAACCACUUCAAUGUUGGGAAUCCCUCAGAAAUUAUUUAAUAUCUAAAGGUUUGUUAACAUUUGUAGAAGGACAUGUACUAUUUCAAUACUAUUCCAAUUUUAGAUGUUCGGAAUAUCUAUGUUGAUAAUAACAAUAACUAACUGUGUGUUAAUAGUAGUAGCCUUUUUUAUUGAAGAUUAAGGCAUCCUUGACAUUUUCAAUUUGUUAGACACCAUAUUCUUGGUCUUCUAUUCUUUGGAAUGUUCAAUCAAAAUUUUGGCGUUAGGAAUAAAAACAUAUUUCUAAGAAGGAUGGUAUAACACAUUUAUUAUUCGAUAGGAAUAUCUUUGAUAUUACUUUGGUAAUCCUACAAAUCAUAUUUGAUUAUAUUUUAUUUAAUAUAGUUUCAGGGAAUAUUUCGUAGUCAAUCAAAGCUAAUAGGUUGUUGAGACUGGCAAAAAUAUAGAAAGUAUUCAGAUUGUUUAGAGCGUUCAGAUCUCUCAAAAUACUAAAUAUCUUAUUUGAAGGCUUGCAAUUCUUAGAUGUGGUGAGAACUCUAUUAUACAAAAUUCUUAUUUGUGUCCCUUUAAUUUUAAGAUUAAUGUUGCCAGUACAAAUGGUAUUCUUUAUUUAUUCUUGUGUCGGUAUGUAUUUAUAUGGUAGAAUCCAAAGCAACGAAGAUAAUCCAUAUGCCAAUUCUUAAUGUGAUAUCAAUAGCUUUGAGUACACAUGGGGGAACUGCAAAUAUGCUGAUUUUUCUACUUUUGCAGGAUCAUAUUUGAUGAUGCUCUAAAUGUUCAUUGCAGCUGAAUGGAACUAAAUUGUCUUUGAAUUAACAUAUGAUACUGAUGAUAUGGUAUCGGCCAUGUUAUUUGUUGGUUCGUUUGAAUUCUUUUCAAUCUUUCUACUAGCCUUAAUUGGAGGGCUAGUUUGGGAAGUCUUUACAGUUGUGUCUUAAUCAUUGAAAUAAGAAGAAGAUAAAAUAUCACAACUCGAAAAUGAUAUAAGCUAGUAAUAAGAAAACAAUAAUAAUCAUGCAGCAAAGCAUGACAAGAAAAAGAAGUUAAUUUUAAAUGACGAUAAUCCAGAUGAACUCAGGUUUCAUCGUAAAUUCAGAAAUGAUAAAGUUAGUAAAACACACGCAAAGUUAAACAAUAUUCAACCAGGCUAUGACGAUGAUGUUAUAAAUGAGGAGAGACCUGAAUUAAACAUGUCUUAACCUGGUUCACGAAGUUACUUCUUAUAUUAUGGUGGUUCAGGUAAAAGACUUGUGCCAUUCUAAUCUACAAAAUUCAACAUUUAAAAAACUGAUGUUUGUGAACAUUUCUUAAAGAAUUUUAUUUCAGCUGAGAUGUGGCUAUAGAAAAAGUAAGUAGAAGGCUUGGACAUAAAUAAAGUGGCAAUUGAUUACAUGAUUCAUUUGAGAAGUGAAAUCAAAAAGGAUGAGAUGUUCCAAAAGAAGAAUUUUAAUAUUUCAAAUCAUCAUCUAUUAAUUCAAAACGCGGUACUAAGGGAUGCAUCUGAAGUUUAUAUCAAAUAAUAAGAGGAUAAAUUCUUUAAGACCUCCUUUGGUUAAAAAUUUGAGAGAAUCUAAGAACUCAAAUUUCAAAGUAAAUUUAAAAUUGAAAGUAAAAUUAUAUUCUCACUAAUGGGAAUACUGAAAUUCCCAAAUCCAAAUCUGAAGUACUACUUUUAAAUACUUAAUUUAAUAGAAAAUUACUUCACCUAUCAAUUACUCUCUGAUUAUUCUUUUUUUAAACUUAUUCAUCAAAUCAAUAAUAAAUGGUAUACUAUUAGCAUAGAGGAAGGCUAAAUCUAUUUUUUCAAAGUUGGUAAUGGUCCGUGGGAUUACACAGAUGAACUGUUCUCAGAAGGUAAUAUAAGGAUAUGUGAAAAUUUAUCAACUCUCUUAGAAUCUGGUAAUCAAGAAUGUCUACGAUCGAUUGAAUUAUUUAGUAAUAGUGUGAAGUCUAUAGCAAAAAACUUUGAAAUAAGUCUUCCCUCUGUUGACAUCAAUAAUUCCUGUAUACUCUAUUAGAUUAAGAAUGAAAAAAACAUUCCUAAUGAUAUUCAAUCAUUUAAAAUUAAAAAAUGUAUUAGUUCACAUUUAUAUCAAAUAGCCAAUUUAACUUCAGACGACUAAUCCCCUAAUAAUCAAUAGUAUGUAUAUUUGGAUUCACAAAAUCAAUUCAAUGGUUUUCUUAAACUAAAUCAAUCUCCAAAAAUAGAAACUAGCAAUCUAGACGAGUAAAAGAAUGUCAAUCAAACUUUAUUAUUUGUCAUUGCUAGAACCACAGCACAGGAAUAAAGAAUCAAAUAUCAAAAUAUUACCAUGCUAAUCCAAUUCAUGUAGGAUAUGGGGAGUGUCAUUCAAAACUAUAGCUCCACUUUCUUUAAAUAAAUAAACAAUCUUUAUGAUCUAAGAUAUUAGGACAAAAUAAAGAGUUUGCGUAAAUUAUGAUAUUGAGUGAGUAGGUGGUAAAUAC